CGGAGUCCGGACACUCGGCUGUUUGUAGUGAAACCCACCUGCUCCUGAUGGCAGACCAGGAGGACGUCACCUACGAGGAGGAGGAGGAGGAGGAGGAGGAAGUGGUAGAGGAGGAGGAAGAGGCGGCCGAGGAGGGGCCCCAAGAACCGGAGCCCCCCAAGCCGGCUCCCCCGGCCCGGCCGCCGGCCGCCGUCCCACCCCUCCGGCGCAAAUCUUCCGCCAACUACCGGGCCUACGCGACGGAGCCACACGUCAAGAGAAAAUCCAAGAUUACGGCAUCUCGGAAAUUACAGCUCAAGACGCUGAUGCUGCAGAUCGCGAAGCAGGAGCUGGAGCAGGAGGAGGAGGAGCGGGGCCGGGAGAAGCAGCGGUACCUGGCUGACCACUGCACCCCGCUCGCCCUGGCCAGCCUGCCCCUGGCCGAGCUGCAGGAGCUGUGCCGGGAGCUGCACGCCCGCGUGGGCCGUGUGGACGAGGAGCGCUACGACAUGCAGGUUCGGGUCAGCAAGAACAUCAACGAGAUCGAGGAUCUGAACCAGAAGAUCUUCGACCUGCGGGGGAAGUUCAAGCGCCCGGCGCUGCGGCGGGUCCGGCUCUCGGCCGACGCCAUGAUGCAGGCGCUGCUGGGCUCCAAGCACAAGGUCUCCAUGGACCUGCGCGCCAACCUCAAGCAGGUCAAGAAGGACGACGCGGAGAAGGAGAACCGGGAAGUGGGCGACUGGCGCAAGAACAUCGACGCCCUGAGCGGCAUGGAGGGGAGGAAGAAGAAAUUCGAGACCUCGGGGGCUGGGCAGGCCUGAGCAGGAGCAGAGAAUUGCCGAUGGGGGGGGAGGGGAACGAGAGGAUGGACCCCAGAGAACUGCCCCCCCAGAGCCCCACCCCUGAUUCUACCGCUCCCCAUUCCCUUCCCCCAAGGACUCCCCUGGCCACAGCACCCCGCAGUGUCACCCCUCGGCUUUCAAACCUCCCCCCCCCACCGCCGCCAA